CAGUCAGUUGUCACGCUCCAAGUUGUGUGGUUCAGUGUGGUGUGUUUAUACUGUCGUUGUUUAUAAACAAAAAAAAAGUGUAUAAAUUAAUUGUGUAAUUAUUAAAAUGCCGUUACCAGACCGAUGGAUGAAUUACAAGCCUUAUGGCACUGCAAUUGAAGGAACUAAAAUAUUGGCAUUCAAAGUGCCUUUGAAAGUGACAAUGGUGAAGCAUCUUUUACCAGAACAACAAUUUACGACGGGCUUAUUGAUGAACGCGUUUCCAAAAUUAAAGUUCGUCAUUGAUUUGACAAACACAAAUCGCUACUAUUCCAAAGAGGAAUUUACCAAUGCCGGUGUUGGAUAUCAAAAAAUUCUUGUUGAAGGAAAAAAAGUUCCCAAGUUGGAUUGCGUUAAACAAUUUUUCAAGACGAUGAAUGAUUUUCAUGCAACAGCUAAAGAUGGUGAAUUAAUUGGUGUUCAUUGCACUCAUGGACUAAAUCGUACUGGCUACCUUGUUUGCAGAUAUUUGGUUCAACAAUUAGGCUGGAAUUUAAAUAAUGCAAUUGAAGAAUUUAACAAGGCACGUGGUCAUCCAAUUGAACGUCAAGAAUAUAUUGAAGCAUUAAAAUCAGUUCCUAAAAAUCAAAAAUUGGAUACAACAAAUGUAAAAUUAGGAUCAAAAUUACCAGUUGAUAAAAAACAAAAUGGCAAAUAUAAGCAUAAAAAUAAAAGACAAUAUGAUAAUGAAAGAAAAUCAUCAAGAAAUAAUAAUUAUCGUAAUAAUCAUGAUCAUCGACGUAGACCAAGAGAGCCAUAUCCAAUAGCACCACAUCCAUCAAUGCUACCAAUGCCACAUUUUUCAUCACAAGAUAAUCAACAAUCACAUGGAAGAUAUGGAAGAAUGCCAGAACAAAAUUUUAAUUCAAAUUUUAAUGAAAUUCCAUAUGUUAAUGGUGGACAUUUACCAGCUGGACCACAUUUACCAGUUGGACCACAUUUACCAGUUGGACCACAUUUACCAGUUGGACCACCAAUAUUUAAUGAACGUAAAUAUUCACAUCGUAGUAUGCCAUAUCCACCAUCAAUGAAUGAUGGCUCAUCAAUAAGAAGACCAAAUUUUUAUCCACCUAGACUAAGAGAAACAAGUGAUGAAUUAUUAAUUAAAGAUUAUCAACCAAAUUAUAAUCGUUCAUUACGACAUAGUGAUGAACAUUUUGGAUAUAGAAAUAAUUAUCAUGCUGAGCCAAUAAUGCCACCAUCAAUGCCAAUGGCACCAUCAGUACCAAUACCAAUGGGACCAUCAGUACCAUUACCAAUGGCACCACCAGGACCAGUUGAUUUACCUUAUCAACGUUCAAAUUAUGAUUCUGAUAGAGUUAAUAAUAAUAGUUAUUAUAAUUUUAGAAAUCGGGAGAGAAUUCCUAGAUCAGGACGUCAACAAAGUCGACAUUAAUAAUCUUUUUUGUUUUUUUCAUCGAAAUUUGUACAUUAUUAAUGCAACCUAAUUCCUUUUUUUAGUUUUCUUUUUAAAAUUAUUAUAUUGACAUAGAAAAUUAUUUAUUGAUAAUUUUUUGUUUUAAUAGAUUUAUUUUGAUAGGAUGAAUAAACACUGAUUGAGAUUGUAAAUUGGAUAUUUUACGUGAUGGAAUUUGUUUGGUGAAUAAAUUUUUUUUUUUUUUUUUUUUUCAUUUUUAAUAGCCAAAAGGGUGGGAAUUGGUAAUUAGUGUAAGAUUUAAAAUUGAAGAGAAG